UUGAAAAGAAAAUAACAGCCGAUUAUUUUCCUGAAAAUUGAUCGGCAUGGAGAUCGCGAAGUAAUUUUUAGAAAAUACAGGAAUAUGCUGUUUAAAUAGCUGUGAAGUGCCCUUAAUUUUUAAUUAGUGCAGUGUAGUUUAGUUAAAGAAUUUUAAAAAUUAGGAGCAAUGGCCACUACACCUGGAAUUCGAAAUAGUGAUAGCGACGACAAUUUUUCAGACGACGAAAGCGUUCCUUUAACUCAAGACAUUUAUGGAGGAAGCACACGAACCGUACAAGAAACGAAAGGAUGGGACGUCUUUCGAGAUCCACCGGCAAAGGUGGAUUCUGGAUCUAUGGCAAAUCAAAAGUGUCUAGACAUUACUGUAAAAAUACUCAAAGUAGUAGCGUAUUUAGUAACUUUUGCAAUAGUAUUAGCAUCAGGUGUGAUAUCGAAAGGAACGUUACUUUUCAUGACUUCACAAUUAAAAGAUGAUAGAAUAAUGCCGUAUUGUAAUAGGGAAUUAGGUAGAGACAAAGAAUUUAUAGUAAAACUACCACGAAAUGAACGGGUUGCGUGGAUGUGGUGUUUACUGUUCGCUUUUUGGGUACCCGAAAUGGGGGCACUCUUCCGCUCGGUGAGGAUGUGCUUCUUCAAGUCGUGGAGAAAGCCACACUUCGCGCACUUUUUAAUAGUGUUUCUAGCUGAGACUGCUCAUACGAUCGGUAUUGCUUUGCUAGUCUUUAUCAUACUGCCAGAUUUAGAUGUUAUAAAAGGGGCGAUGCUUACGAAUUGCCUGUGCUUUGUGCCGGGAGUGUUAGGACUCCUCUCUAGAAACAGCAAGGAGUCGAAAUGCUUCUUGAAAGUUAUCAUCGAUCUCUUAGCGAUCGCCGCUCAAGCUACUGGAUUUGUAAUUUGGCUUAUCGUGGAAAAAAAGCCGAAUCUAUGGCUCACGCCUCUUACCAUACUGUUGGUGUCGCUCGGUUGGUGGGAAAACUACAUCUGCGCAAACUCGCCUAUUCCUUUCAUAAAAAAACUGGGAAAAAUUAAGCAGCAAAUGUCGGCCACCCGCUACUUCACUCACAUAUUUAUAUCGAUAUGGAAGUGUCUGUGUUUCUUCCUUUCCGUAAUAAUUAUUACCCUUAUCAAGGAAGGAGAAGUGGGAUUCUUUUUCACCGAUUUUUCAUCUGGGUUCAGCUCACAUCCCAUCACAAUAUUAGAGAUUAAACAAACUGUUGGGGGUACAUCAUUGGCUGACGUGGCCGAUAUAAUACCAACAGGAGACGACACUGUGAUAUCUUCCGAUAGUGCUACCGCGAUCUACGUGUUACUCAUCAGCAUAGUCUCAUCGUACUUUUGUUACAUUUUCGGAAAAUUUGCUUGCAAAAUUAUGAUACAAGGGUUUUCGUACGCGUUCCCCAUCAAUCUUACAAUUCCCGUGUGCAUAUCGCUGUUAAUAGCAGCCUGUGGACUCAGGGAGGGAGACCCUUGCUUCUUUACAGAUACAAUUCCCUCGUAUCUAUUCUUUUCAACACCACCCGCAUAUUUUCUCAACGAUUUCAUCGCGCAACAACACGCGUGGGUUUGGCUGCUUUGGCUCCUCUCCCAAACUUGGAUUACACUACAUAUCUGGACACCAAAAUGCGAACGUUUGGCAAGAACCGAGAAGCUGUUCGUGCUUCCGAUGUACGACGGUUUACUAAUCGACCAGAGCAUGGCGCUGAACAGACAACGUGACGAUCAAGCGAAUGUAAAAACGGAAGAACUCGACGAGAUUCAAAAAGAGAAAGGCGACGAGUAUUACGAAACGAUUUCGAAUCACACAGACGGAUCCACGCCAAAGACGAUAAAGAACUCCGAUCACAUCACCAGAAUUUACGCGUGCGCCACCAUGUGGCACGAAAACAAAGAGGAAAUGAUGGAAUUCUUGAAGUCAAUCUUACGACUGGACGAAGAUCAAUCAGCAAGACGCGUCGCUCAAAAAUAUCUACGGAUCGUCGAUCCUGACUAUUACGAAUUUGAAACGCACAUAUUCUUCGAUGACGCUUUCGAAAUCUCCGACCACGACGACAACGAUACCCAGGUGAACAGAUUCGUGAAACUACUCGUCGGUACAAUCGACGAGGCGGCUUCGGACAUACAUCAGACGCACAUGCGAGUAAGACCGCCUAAAAAAUUACCAACGCCCUACGGGGGAAGGUUAAUCUGGACGCUACCUGGAAAGACGAAGAUGAUCGCCCAUCUAAAAGACAAAAUGAAGAUCAGGCACAGAAAGCGAUGGUCGCAGGUGAUGUACAUGUACUACUUACUAGGGCACCGGUUGAUGGAGUUGCCCAUCUCCGUUGAUCGAAAAGCCGUAAUUGCCGAAAAUACUUAUUUGCUAACGUUGGACGGGGAUAUUGAUUUUCAACCACACGCCGUGAAUCUUCUAAUCGAUUUAAUGAAGAAAAACAAAAACUUAGGGGCGGCUUGUGGUCGUAUUCACCCGGUUGGGUCGGGCCCUAUGGUUUGGUACCAGGAGUUUGAGUACGCCAUCGGACAUUGGCUUCAGAAAGCCACCGAGCACAUGAUAGGUUGCGUACUGUGUAGUCCUGGGUGCUUCUCACUGUUCCGCGGAAAGGCUCUCAUGGACGACAACGUCAUGAAGAAAUACACGACAUGCUCGGCGGAGGCGCGUCAUUACGUGCAGUACGAUCAAGGCGAGGAUCGGUGGCUCUGCACUUUACUGUUGCAACGAGGUUAUCGUGUCGAGUAUUCAGCUGCGUCUGAUGCCUACACCCACGCGCCCGAGGGAUUUAACGAGUUUUACAAUCAGCGUCGCCGAUGGGUACCGUCGACCAUUGCCAACAUCAUGGAUUUGCUCCAAGACGCCAAGAAAACAAUUAAAGUCAACGACAAUAUUUCGAUGCCCUACAUUGCUUACCAGAUUUUGCUGAUGGGGGGUACAAUUCUUGGACCUGGAACAAUAUUCCUUAUGUUGGUGGGGGCGUUCGUGGCUGCUUUCCAAAUUGACAAUUGGACUAGUUUCUACUACAAUAUCAUUCCUAUCCUCUUCUUCAUGCUGGUGUGUUUCACGUGCAAAUCGAACAUACAGUUGUUAGUUGCGCAAAUAUUCUCAACAGCCUACGCUCUGAUAAUGAUGGCGGUGAUCGUCGGAACGGCGCUCCAGCUACGCGAGGACGGCGUCGGAUCGCCCUCGGCGAUUUUCUUAAUCGCGAUGACGGCGUCGUUCUUUAUAGCGGCUUGUCUUCAUCCGCAAGAAUUUUGGUGCAUCGUCCAUGGAAUUAUUUACCUACUUUCCAUUCCGUCUAUGUACUUACUUCUAAUUUUAUAUUCGAUAAUUAAUCUUAAUGUCGUAACUUGGGGUACUCGUGAGGUUGCUACGAAGAAAACGAAAAAGGAAUUGGAAGAAGAAAAGAAAGCCGCCGAGGACGCGAAACGAGAAGCAAAGCAAAAGACUUUAUUGGGUUUCUUGCAAGGUGGCGGUACUAGCGAAGACGAUGCGGGUAGCAUUGAAAUUUCGUUAGCCGGCCUGAUGAAAAUUAUGUUAUGCACGCACCAAUCUGACCAAAAUGAGAAAGCGCAACUGAUCCAGAUUACCGAUGUUCUGGAGAAGGUUAAUAAACGACUGGAGAGCAUAGAAAAAAUUGUGGACCCGCACGGUCACACUCACGCGCAUCGUAGACGUAGCAUGUCGGCGUCCUCAAGAGGAGAUCAUCACCUAGGUGCAGUGGCUGAAGAUGCCAACGAAGAGUCGAUACAUGACAGUGAUUCAGAAACUGUUUCGACAGUACCAAGAAACGAUCGAGACGACCUUGUUAACCCCUAUUGGAUAGAAGAUCCCGAGUUGCGUAAAGGGGAGGUAGAGUACCUCAGCUCCUCCGAAGUCAUGUUCUGGAAAGACUUGCUAGAUAAGUACCUUUAUCCAAUCGACGAGAAUAAGGAAGAAAAGGCCAGAAUAGCAAAGGAGCUUAUAGAGCUUCGUAAUAAAUCGGUAUUUGCAUUCUUCAUGUUUAACGCGCUUUUUGUAUUGGUCGUUUUCUUAUUACAACUUAAUAAGGACCAAAUUCAUGUUAAGUGGCCGCUUGGAGUACGAAUCAAUAUUACUUACAUUGAAGAAACAUCCGAGGCCCAUGUCACAAAGGAGUACCUACAACUGGAGCCUAUCGGUUUGGUGUUCGUAUUCUUUUUUGCGCUGAUUUUGUUCAUUCAGUUCACUGCCAUGUUGUUCCAUCGUUUCGGAACUAUAGCGCACAUAUUAGCCGCAACCGAGCUCAAUUUGUGCUGCACUAAAAAGAAAGAAGACUUAUCUCCAAAUGCGUUAUUGGAUCGACAAGCCGUUGAGAUCGUAAAACAACUGCAGAAAUUGCAGGGUAUUGACGAUGCUGACUACGAAAACGAUUCGGGAUCAGGGCCGGAUCGAAUUGGAAGAAGGAAGACGAUUCACAACUUGGAAAGGGCGGCUCAACCGAAGAGGCAAAUUGGUACUUUGGACGUGGCGUUCAAGAAGAGAUUUGCCAAACUUAAUGCUAAGAAUGCCGAAGGUACUCCCGUUUUAAGCAGAAGAUUGACAAUGAGAAAGGAAACAAUGAAAGCCUUAGAAGUGCGUGUCAAUUCGGUGAUGGCGGAAAGGCGAAAAUCCCACAUGCAAACAUUGGGCGCCAAAAACGAGUUUGGUAACAAUAACGUAAUAUUAAGAAAUCAACGAAACAGCACCGCCAGCAUUCCUUUACAAGAAGUAUUCGAAAAUGGCGGACAAAUAAAUAGGGCCUACGAAGAGGACGAACUUGGAAGUCGAACGUCGCUAUCGUUAUCCAGGCAGGUGCGAAGUAACGGAAACUGGAGCGGAAAUAGCAGAAUGUGAAACUAUCUUUGAAUAACUCUCAACUUAGAAUACUCAAGUGAUUCCCAAACGAACGGAAUAAAUCACUGCCACUUUUUACUCUUACCUAUAGCAAAUCAGAAACAGGAUAAUACUCAUUUUUUUACAUUAAAUUAGAAAUGAUGGGAUCAUUUCAUAGUGUAACUUUUCUAAAGUCGUACUGUUUACUUUAAGACUAAAUACGAUAUUGUAUGGUUUGUAGCAAAUCACCCAGCUCUGAAUUAGACGACUUACAAUUGAUCGAUUACCCAAAUUCUUAUGAUCGCUAGUUAGGUGAUUUGCCAAAGAUAGUAAUUAGGAGUGAUACCAAUUUCGCUGUACACUUUCAUUUUCAAAACUAUUCUAUUCCAAAAGUGGAAAUUGGUGUCAAACUUCGCGCUGUAAUGUAUGUUAAUAAAUUUCCUAUAAUUUUAUUAUAUAUAAGUUUUUUUAUACGUACUGUAGAAAGUAUUUAUUUACUGAAAAGUUACUUGUGAUAAAAAUAAAAGAUAUGU